CUGCUGAUUCUUGUUAAUUCCAUGGCCUGAAAAUAAGAAACCAUUUUUGCAGGAGAUGGUACAGAGGGUUUUUUUUUUUUUUUUUUUAAUUCCAUGGUCUGAAAAAAUGGUUUCUUGUUAAUAUUGCUAUGAAGUAGGACUACAGAUUUGUCAUCCCUUUGCUUAUUUUAGGUUUAAUAUUUUCUUAAAUGUUUAAAUUCUGUACCAUCCUUUUCAUUUUUUAGUGCAAAACUGUGCAAGAUUCUUCUCUUUUAGUUUGUAUAACAUUCAAAAGCCAAUUUACCAAAAUGUUUGCAUUGAUGUACUAUCCUCUGUCGGUCAUAAAAGUAUAUUUAAAAAUGGAGAAUUGGGAUAGAUGUCGUGGGUUUGGUAUUCAUGUUUAGAUUCUCAAAAUAUUUGAAUAACUAUCUAGGGUAAGUAUCCUAAGGCUAUGAUUGGUUUUCAGAAGGUGGAAGAUACAACAAAUAAGAAAAUAUAGGAAUAAUACAACAAAAUUGAUUUCCCCUAUAAUGUGUUUGUUUGCGAAAAAAUCUGGAAAAUAGAGAGAUUAAAUAUGAAGAUAUACUUUUUUUUUUUUUUUUAAUAAUUUGUGGGGUAGAGAGAGAACAAGCCGAAGUGGUCUUUUUAGAUCUCUCAACCUUGCUAUGGCUCCUUAAAGUGGUCAUCACAAGCUGGUAUUAAUUGUGUUCAGAACUGGUGUUUUCAUGUUAGUUACCGUAGAGAGAAUAAAGAAGGGGGUGGCAAAGCGAUGCUAUCGAGAGAGAGAGAGAGAGAGAGAGAGAGAGAUGUCUUAGAUGGAGCUUUGUUGUUGAAGGGUAGACAAAGGGGAGGAAAAUCUAGACAAUGAAGCAACAAAGCUUGUUGUGAAAAGCUCUUUUAUAGAUCCUCAUGUCUUUUUAUUAUUUUAUUUAUUUAUUUUUUGUUUAGGGGUUUCUUUUGACUGCUAAGUUCAUCCUUGGGUUAGAGUUGGUUAUUUUCAUUUAUUUUUCAUGAUUGUAUAGACACAUGCAUAAUGUAUUGGCUGUAGUAUGCAGGGUUGGUAUUCAUUUAGAAGAUACAAAAUCUGUUUGGUUGAUCGUUUGAGUUGGUUGUCACCCAGUGGCCCUUUUCAUUAGAGAAUGACAAUUAAAAUUUUGUACUUGUCCAAAAUUUCAUCACAAUAUUCAGGCCUAUAUCCAUUCCUCACAAUUAAAGCAAAACCCCAGUACAAUUGAUAUUUCCCUUCAAAAGUACCCAUUGAUGAUGGAAAUCUAACAAAAUGAAAAUGAUCCGUUUUGAACACGCACUUGAAUCGUUGCUUCUGAAAGAUCAUUUGCCUCAAGAAAGUGGAAUAACGAUGGUCUUUAUUUUCCUUUUUAGAAUUGUUUAGACUAUUUUUAAUGCAUUAUCUAAAUCAUGAUCUUACUUUAAUAAUUAUUGUAGGUUGCACCUUACGAAAGACUUGUGUGAAGCAAAGGCAUUUUACUUCUUGAAGGGAUGGCUGAUUUUGAUGAUCCAAAGGAAGGGAAGAAUGUGCACUGGUCACCAGCUAUGGACCGUUGUUUGAUUGAAACAUUACUUCAACAAGUUCAAGAGGGGAAUAGAUGCCCCAAUGGAUUUAAACCCGUUGCAUACACUGCGGUUGUGAAUGCAUUGAACCAACAGUUUUCUUCCCGUCUUAUGCGCCAACAUAUUAUCAAUCGCCUCAAAACUCUGAAGACCACGCACAGAAAAGUAAUAGAGUUAAUUGGUCGAAGUGGAAUUGGAUGGAAUGAUCAAGCCAAGAUGUUGGAUGUCAGUGAAGAGCAGUGGAAAGACUUUAUAUUGAGAAAUCCAGACAUGGACAAGAGGCUUAACAAGAAGAGAUUUGAGUUGUUUGACGAGAUGUGUGAGGUAUUUGGAUCAGAUCAUGCAACUGGAGAAUGGGCGAGAUCAAGGAGACGCUCAAGGGGUACUUCUAAGGAGAGAGUACUUGUGGAUGAUCUCAAUUCACCUCCAAACACUGACUUGUUUGGGGAGGGGGAUUAUAUGAUGGAAGACAUUCCAAGUAAUGGGAGAGGAUCACAACCUACAUUGAAUCACACAGGAAAUUCUCAAUCAAACAAUGGAGGAGCGAGUUCAACUUCAACUUCAUCUGAUCGACCAACAAAUAAGAAGAAAAGGAAGAGGGUUGGAAGCGUAUUUGUUCAAGAAAUUAGAAAUAUGGGACAAGAUGUUAGAGAGAUGGCUCAAGCGUUGAAGUGUGCUGCACUUGCAUUCCAGCAAACCGCUGCUAAUACAGUUGUGGAUCCAUCAGUUGUAUUAGCUUCUAUUCAACAGGUGGAGGGCUUAUCUGAAGAAGAAAUAGCUAUGGCAUUUGAUUAUCUCUCUGAAAACGAGAAGAAAGCUAAGGCAUUUCUUGCUCUACCUCCUAGGAUGAGAUUGGGAUAUCUAAUGCGUCAUCUAGGACAUAUGUAAAUAGAUGGACAAAUCUUUUGGGUGGGAAAUAUAACUUUUGAUAUAUGGACAGGGUUGUGGUGGAAAAUUUACUUUUUGAUGUCAAGUUGUGUUAGGACACGAUUGACUACAAGUAGUUUGUAAGUAUCUUUACUGUUUCUUUCCUUUGUUUCUCUACUUCAUCAUGUUUUGUUUGUUUUGUAAGGGGAAGAGAUUGUGUAUUUUGUAAGUAUCAUGUCCAGUUCAUGCAUCAUUUUGUAAAUAGAUUUUGGAAGACUUAUUUCUACUUGAAUGGUAUAAUCUUCAUUUCCCCUGUUUUUCUUA